AAAAAAAUCAAAGCUUCAAGUUUUCUAAAUUCUCCAUCGCAAAGCUAAACAAUUAUUAGAGCAUCUCAAGUUACAGUCACUCAUCGGAGUUGCUUAAUUUCAAGAAUAAUGGAAGAGGUUGAACGAACGCAUAAGAAAGCGUCUAAAUUUGCAUCAGAAGAUGUUAUUUGCAACAUGCCCGAGAAUGUGAUAACUAAUAUUCUUAAUCAUUUACCAAUACGAGAUGCGGUGAGAACUAGCGUCUUGGCAAGAAACUGGAGGUUUAAGUGGACUAUGCUUACCCAACUGGUAAUUAAAUGCCGGUUCUCUAAGUACGGGAGGGAUUUAAGUAGACUUCUUCUUCAUCUUAAAGGUCCCAUAACAAAGUUUGUGCUCUAUAUACCAGAUUACAUGGUACUGGAUGGUGAGGAUAUUAAUCAUUGGAUUGCGUUCUUGUCCCGAAAAGGAAUUGAGAAAUUCACUCUUUUGAAUUUUCGUCGAACUCAAUUUAAGUUGCAUACCCAUCUUUUCUCUUGUCUAGACUUGAAACAUUUGAGGCUUCAAAAUUGUUGUUUUCAUGUGCCACCUAGCUUUCAUGGCUUUCCAAAUCUAUUGAGCUUAAAUUUAUAUGAUGUAAGAUUCGAAAGCGGCGAUUAUGGGGAAUUUAUCACUUCGUGUCCCUUACUUGAGGUUCUAGGUAUUGGUAACGAUGAGGAUCCUAUGAGAAAAAUGAGACUCGUUGAGAUUGCAGAACUUAAAAAUCUCAAAACGUUAUCUUUGUCAUUGUGUAAUCUUUACAAUUUAACGAUCACAAGUUAUACCAUCUUUAAGCUUGCAGGCUAUUUUUCGAAGCUUCAAGAGCUUUAUUUGAACUUUUCAAAGUGCAAUUUCAUAAGAGAACAAGGAGCUAGAAAGUUUUCUAUCGCCUUUCCACACCUCAAGACUCUUGAAUUAUACGAGAUAGAUUUGAGCAGUGGUGAUAUGUUAUCAUGUGCUAUCGAAAUGAUGCGGGGCUCACCAAAUUUGAAGUCCCUUAAGAUCGAAGCUCCAUACGAGGAUGAUGUCCCAACCCAUGCGCUUGAUACUUCGGAGAUAGACUACAACACAGUGGGACAACUGCAACUACGAAGUGUGGUGUUUGAAUGCUUUAAUGGUUCAGAGAAUGAAAUGUGUUUGAUAAAGUAUUUACUUGCUAGUUCCCCCUUUCUUGAGUACAUAACUGUUGAAACCAAUAUUGGUAAGUUGCCAUUUGCUAAGAAGUUGUUGGAGCUCCAUCGAGCCUCCCCGGUUGCUGAAGUCUAUAUUUUCUAAUUAGUUUUAAAGUUUUGAACC